UCCAUCUCCAAUGUUGAUUGCCGGUAGAGGAAAUUGGAGGAAUUUUUUGUGGACUUAAUCAACAACAGCAACCCGUUUUUAAAUAUACCGGUUUAAAAAGAUAAUCAAUGAUCUAUAUAGUCAAAAAUAUCAUGUUCCAUAUUGCUCUAAAUAUAAAAGACUGUGCAUCAUAAAAGUGUUCUAGAGCACGUAAGCAUCAGUAAAAACUUACAUAUAAAAUCGACCAAGGAACCAAAACACAAAAGCAAGAAUAACAUACUGCACAGAAUGGAUUUAGUCAACAAAAUAAUUCAAAUAAGUUUUUUUUAUUUAACUAACUAAAAUUAUAUUCGCCCUACAUAUACUUAUGCAUAUAUAAAUACUACAUCUAUUGAAAACGAUAUUGAGAAUCAGAAUUUGGGCAGUAGUUUCAUUGUCACUUUCUUUAACUAAGGAUCUUUUGAAAAUUAUCUCCUCGUUUCGAAAAUUUAGUAGAAUUAAAAACGUUUUUAAAUAUCCUAUUAAAACGGAUAUAUCUUUUCGCGUUAAAAGCAGAAUAUUAUAAUUAUGUCUGCACAAGUAUCAUCAAAUAUUUUAAAUGACAGCUCUAAAGAAACCAUUUUGAAAAUGAAUACUUUACAAAGUCAUCAAAUUAUUGACAAAUCAAAAGCUCAUAAUACGCUACCCCUAUCAGAGGAUCCACGGACACUGCAAUUGGCUUUGGAGCUUUCAUUAGUCGGCUUAAAGGACAGUCAGCCAUGUUACACACAACCCUCUGAAUCGAUAUCUUUACCUUUAGGAGCACAAAAUAACUUUGAUUUAAGUAAUAUUAAUGUGUCUGCAUUUUCAAAACCAUUGACACAUAAUGGACUUUUAUUAGCCAAUACCGCCAUUGCUGUUUCUUUAGAUGAUCGGUCAAAAAAGUCUCAAAAUAUGACCGAAUGCGUUCCAGUUCCCAGUUCAGAACAUGUUGCCGAAAUUGUUGGUAGACAAGGUUGCAAAAUAAAGGCCUUGAGAGCCAAAACCAACACUUACAUUAAGACACCAGUACGAGGAGAAGAACCGGUUUUUGUGGUAACUGGCCGAAAGGAAGAUGUAAAUAAGGCAAAGCGGGAAAUACUAUCUGCUGCUGAUCAUUUUAGUCUAAUACGCGCAUCAAGGAAACCUUUCAGCGAUGGACAAAACAGCGGAUCAAUAGCAAGUGAUUCCUGUAGCAACAUAAGUACGAUUUCCCGAAUGCAGGCUGGACCUCCUUGUAUUCCUGGGCAAAUUACUAUUCAAGUAAGAGUGCCCUAUCGAGUUGUGGGACUUGUUGUUGGGCCAAAGGGUGCAACUAUAAAACACAUACAACAUGAAACGCAAACUUAUAUCGUUACACCAUCUCGUGAAAAGGAACCUAUUUUUGAAGUUACUGGCUUGCCAGUGAAUGUAGAUUCUGCACGAAAGCAGAUAGAGGCUCACAUUGCUCUUCGCACUGGUUCAGGGUUUGGGAAUUUUUCUGGCAAUACCGUACAAGAUAGUGAAUCUGUCGACAUUAAUGAUUUUGGAAGUUUACCUCCAACAAAUUCUCUUGCUCAGAUACUGAACGAUGAUAUAAAUUCCGAAAAAUUAUCAUCUAUAUACACAAAUUCUUUACCAUCUUUAGAAUAUUUAGAUAACAAAAUAAGUAAUGUUGCAAACGAAAUAGAUAAUAAAAAUAUUAAUAAUAUUAAAACUUUUCCAUACCAUCACGUAAAUAACUGCAGUCAAAAAAUUAAGUUCGCUGAUUUAGAUUUAAUAACAACUAUAACGGAAACAAGUACUUCUGAUAAACAAUUUUCAAAGAAGCAGAAUGUGUUUCGUAAUGGGAUAGGCAAAGCUUCAUCGUUGUGUCCGUCAGUAUCAAACACUUCGUCAAUACAAUCUAACUCUGCGGCAACUAUUUUAACUCGAUCUUGUUCAUCUGCAUCGUCUACAACUUCAACGAAAAGUACGAAUAACAGGCCCAACACGCCACCAGAAAUGGUAAAUAUAUGGAAAAAUAUAGGAGAUUCUAUUGACAUCGAUGAGGGAAUAGGCGACUCACCUAGCAUUUGGAAUCAAUCAAAUAAUAUUUUACCCACCGCUCAUUGCUCACCUACAAUUUCAAUAAGCCCAACAGACUCACUUCUAGGCCUUGGCAACCACGGAUCAAAAAAAAAAAAUCGUAAUCAUGAAAAGGAGACACCAUUUUUUAACAACCAUAAACAACCAAUACAAACCAAUCAAGUCCAGCACUCUGAAGAUAAAUUAUCUAUUCACCGCGAAUGCUUUGUUUGCAAUGAAAAUGAAGUUACUACUGCUUUAGUUCCCUGUGGUCACAAUAUGUUUUGUAUGGAAUGUGCUAAUCAGAUUUGCAUUUCCAUUGAUGCAAUUUGCCCAGUUUGUAGUUCAAUAGUUUAUCACGCCAUGCGAAUUUUAGGCUAAUUACCUGGUACGUGUAGGGUACAAGGGUAUAUUGUUUUCGUGUAAUUUUAUGUAAAAUAGAGAAGGAAUCAUCUCCGUAAAAAAAAUCUGUCCCACAAAGUAUAUAUAUUCAUGAUCAGCAACAGCCGAGUCGAUGUAGACAUGUCCGUCUGUCUGUAUGAACGCGUGGGUCGCGAGACUACAAGAGAUAGAACUAUAGGAUAGAGCUAUAGACUACAAGGCUAGAGCUAUAAUGCACACGCGUUUGAUGUUGGUUUCAAGUUUUUGACACGCCCCCAACCAACGAACCAACCCAACCCCAACCAAUUCCGAUCUCUCAGUUGAAUGGCAAUUAUACGAUAUAGUCGGCUGAUUCUUAUGAAAAUUGGUAUGUGGUAUUAUUUUGAUUGUGGUAUUGUUGUGUAUGCGUAUCAGCAAAAAACAAUGGAAGCAGAGCAUUCACUGCAAAAAAAAACGUAGUUUUUAAUUUAAUUUUUUGUUAGUUAAAAAGUUGGAAUUUUUUUGUAUUAUC